CCUACGCAGUUUGAACACAAAGUAGCUGCAACGCCUUUCGUUCUUGACGAUUUGUAAUAGAUAUUUAGAAAAGCUCCCAGAGGCACAGACUCUUGAGAUGGUAGGAGACAUCCCUGACCCUGCGGGAUGGAGGGUUUGUGUGCGGACACCGGAUCACAGGCGGCUUCAUCCUCUUAUAAAUUAUGUACCUUGUGCAGCUCUUAGUUGCAGGCUGUCCUCUUGACCUCUUUUGACUCUUUCCAUUUGCAGAUUCUUUUCUAGCAGGACCUGAAGGCUUUCGUGUUAUCCUUUGUUCUGACAUUGUUUACCUCUCAAAUGUUUUCCUGUAUUGCUAGGAUAUCGUCCACGCACACACCCCCACCGAUACACAGGCUUUGCUCACCAAGAGCCUUGGUUCGUCCGUGAUGUUUCCAUGAAAAUAUUACGAAAUUGAUUAGAAAAACUUUCGUUCAGGUAUAAAAAGACUCGUUUUAGAUGUUUUAACUUGAAAUUUUGUUUGUAAUUUUCUCGUCUGUGGAAAUAUUAGGGCAAGAUACUCACUUAUACACAAAUCUUUGGGAUGAACAUUUGAAUUCCUUAAUUUUGUUAUUUACAAUGUUACCUGAAAUCGAAUCCCAGAGCCUUGGAAAUUAGAUCUGAAGUAGAAACUGAUCACUUUCUGCCAAUCCCCUUGUGCUCCUGGGCAGGAGGGACUAAAAAGGGAUAUGGAGUUGUUCCUGAAUAAUAAAUCCAGUCUUCAGUAUUUGGGAGACUUGUGAUGAUCUCCUAGAACUAAGUGGUGAGUCCAGAGAAAUUUCAGUUCAUAUCUGAGUUACAUUUUAGAGGGAUGUUGCCUCCAGUUUAAUAUAUAUGUGCAGUUUUAAAGCUUUCUCAUUUCCUGUAUUAGUGGAAUAGAAAAUUUUUAAUACUUGUUUUCCCAAAUGUCUUACUUAAAGGAAUCAACUAGCAAUGUGAUAUUUGUAGAUCCAGGAUUCUUUUUUGUUUUUGUUUUUGUUUUUUUGGUACCGGGGAUCGAAUUCGGGUCCUUGCGCUUGCAAGGCAGGCAGUGGAACCACUAAGCUAAAUCCCGGCCCUAGAUCCAGGAUUCUUAUACGAUCUGGGGACCGGCACAUUAGGUUGGUCUUCAUCGGCCUGGCUGGUGGCUGGUUGCGGACAAGGGGAGCCUGCUGCCCGGGUCAUGGACUGCAGUGAAGAUAGUGAUCCGGGGAGACAGGAACACGGGCAAGACUGCGCUCUGGCACCGGCUGCAGGGCGAGAAGUUUGUGGAAGAGUACAUUCCCACGCAGGAGAUCCAGGUCACCAGCAUCCACUGGAGCUACAAGACCACAGACGACAUAGUGAAAGUGGAAGUCUGGGACGUGGUUGACAAAGGAAAAGGCAAAAAACGAAGUGACGGCUUGAAGACAGAGAACGACCCCCAGGAGGCGGAGUCUGAAAUGGCCCUGGAUGCCGAGUUCCUGGAUGUGUACAAGAACUGUAACGGGGUGGUCAUGAUGUUUGAUAUCACCAAGCAGUGGACGUUCAGCUAUGUCCUCCGGGAGCUUCCCAAAGUGCCGACCCAUGUGCCGGUGUGCGUGCUGGGGAACUACCGCGACAUGGGCGAGCACCGUGUCAUCCUGCCCGAUGACGUGCGUGACUUCAUCGAACACCUGGACAGACCCCCGGGCUCCUCCUAUUUCCGCUACGCAGAGUCAUCCAUGAAGAACAGCUUUGGCCUGAAGUACCUACACAAGUUCUUCAACAUCCCGUUCCUGCAGCUGCAGCGAGAGACGCUGCUGCGCCAGCUCGAGACCAACCAGUUGGACAUCGACGCCACGCUGGAGGAGCUGUCAGUGCAGCAGGAGACGGAGGACCAGAACUACGGCGUCUUCCUCGAGAUGAUGGAAGCCCGAAGCCGCGGCCACACGACCCCACUGGUUGCCGACGGGCAGAGCCCGUCCUCGGGCUCCCAGUCGCCGAUUGUGCCUCUGAGUGCCAUCUCCACGGGGAGCUCCAGCCCCAGCACGCCCCAGCCUGCCCCCCAGCCGCCACUUGGCGCCUGCCCCCCUGCACCCCCUGCGGAGGCCCCGCCACCCCCCAUCCCCGCCCCAGUGCCGCGGCGUAGCAUCAUCUCCCGGCUGUUUGGGACCUCCCCCGCCGUGGACACAGUGCCCCCUGCUCCAGAGCCGGCCCCAGCAGCGGAGGCACUAGCAAGGGUCCAGGACAUGGAGGAUUUUGUUCCUGAAGAUGGCCUUGACCGAGGCUUCCUGGAGGACGCUGCCCCACCCAAGAACGAGAAGGUUGGAGCCAAGGUCCCACAGCAGGACAGCGACAGCGACGGGGAGGCCCUGGGCGAGAACCCGAUGGUGGCGGGUUUCCAAGACGACGUGGACCCUGAGGAUCAGCCUUGCGGCAGAGCCCCGCUGCCCUCAGGCCCUGUCCCCAGCAAAAACAUCAGUCUCUCCAGUGAGGAGGAGACCGAGGAGGGGCCCGGUCACCCCAGCACGGCUGCCCCAGCUCCUCAGCAGCGCUCAGACCGGGAGACAAAAGGGUUUUCCAUCAAGGCCAUGCAGCCACAGAAAGAGUCAGAGCCCACGAAGGCCACAGUGCCCUCCUGGCCAAGGUCAGGGUCCGAGCGCCCCAGCAGCACCCUGAGUCCCACGGAGGGUUCCUCCAGAAGACCUGCAGAGGGGAGGGAGGACCCGGCCUCGUCGUCAGAGAGUGACCCUGAGGGGCCCGUCGCCGCGCAGAUGCUGUCCUUCGUCAUGGAUGACCCAGACUUCGAGAGCGAAGGCUCCGAUGCACAGCGCAGAGUGGGCGAGCUCCCCGUGAGAGAGGACCCCUCCGACAUGAGCGAUGAGGACUCCAGGCCCGCCCAGCCACCCCAGCCCCCGGCCCCCCGGCCUCCUGUCGCCUCCUUCAGACCAAAGAACGACUCUGACCUCUUUGGUUUGGGGCUGGAAGAGCCGUGCCCAAAGGACAGCAGUGAUGAAGAGAAGGACGCCAGGCCGCCCUCCAAGGCAAGGAAGAAGAAGAAGAAGAAGAGCACAGAGGAGGAAGAAAAGGCUGCAAGGAAGAAGAGCAAACCCAAGAAGAGCAAGGACAGGGAGGAGGCCAAGGAGGAGCGGCGCAAGAAGCGGAAGCCUGCCCGCAGCAAGGAGCAGAAGGCCGCUGAGGAGCUGGAGGCCUUCCUGGGGGGCGGGCCCCCUGCUGGCGGCCACCCCAGGGGCGGGGACUACGAGGAGCUCUAGGCCUGGGGCUGAGAUGCCCACCACCUGCGCCCCGCCACACCUGCACCCGGCCCUGGCCCGCCCUGCAUUGGCUUCCUCUGGAGGAGGACUGGGCUGGGUGCUGCAGGGGCCGGGCUUCAGGCCAGCAUGAGCCUGCUGUGCAGGGAGGAGGGGACAGCCUGGCCUCCCCAGGAAGGCCUCGGCCAGCCCCCGGCGUUUCUCAGGGAUGUCACAGGCCGAGGAAGGACCCACAGGGUCGUUGACAGAGGCAGGGCGUGGGGCUGCCCGGCUCCUCCAAUACCCACCACCCGCCUGCCCCUGCUCACCCUCCUGAGCUGCGUGGGGCCACAGCAUGCCAUGGGCUCUGCUUCUGCCACCAGGCUUGGGCCGCACACUGCAGUCCCGUGCGUGCCCUGGAUGUGGCGGCCCCUGCCCUACAGGGCAUCUGGAGCCCAUGCCAGAUGAGACUGGCAGGAGCAGAGCAGCAGGCACAGCCUCUACUGGGAGCGGGGUUGGGCAGGAGGCGCCUCCUCAACACUCCGCUCGACCAUAAAGCUCUUGGGUUUUA